AUGGGAAUGCCCGACUCCAAAACUACACUAGAAGAACUCAUGUGCCAUGUACUAGGCGAUCUAAAAAAGACGUCGAAAACCUUCCCCUCCAUCGCCUCUUCCUCCCAUCUCCUCUCCUCCCCAUCGCCUCUUCCUCCCGUCUCCUCUCUUCCCCAUCACCUCUUCCACCCGUCUCCUCUCUUCCCCAUCACCUCUUCCACCUGUCUCCUCUCUUCCCCAUCACCUCUUCCACCUGUCUCCUCUCUUCCCCAUCACCUCUUCCACCUCUCUUCCCCAUCACCUCUUCCUCCCGUCUCCUCUCUUCCCAUCACCUCUUCCACCUGUCUCCUCUCUUCCCCAUCACCUCUUCCACCUCUCUUCCCCAUCACCUCUUCCUCCCGUCACCUCUCUUCCCCAUCACCUUUCCACCUGUCUCCUCUCUUCCCCAUCACCUCUUCCUCCCCUCUUCCCCAUCACCUCUUCCUCCUCUCUUCCCCAUCACCUCUUCCUCCUCUCUUCCCGAUCACCUCUUCCACCUGUCUCCUCUCUUCCCCAUCACCUCUUCCUCCUGUCUCCUCUCUUCCCCAUCACCUCUUCCACCUGUCUCCUCUCUUCCCCAUCACCUCUUCCACCUCUCUUCCCCAUCACCUCCUCCUCCCGUCACCUCUCUUCCCCAUCACCUUUCCACCUGUCUCCUCUCUUCCCCAUCACCUCUUCCUCCCCUCUUCCCCUUCACCUCUUCCUCCUCUCUUCCCGAUCACCUCUUCCACCUGUCUCCUCUCUUCCCCAUCACCUCUUCCACCUCUCUUCCCCAUCACCUCUUCCUCCCGUCUCCUCUCUUCCCCAUCACCUCUUCCACCUGUCUCCUCUCUUCCCCAUCACCUCUUCCACCUCUCUUCCCCAUCACCUCUUCCUCCCGUCACCUCUCUUCCCCAUCACCUUUCCACCUGUCUCCUCUCUUCCCCAUCACCUCUUCCUCCCCUCUUCCCCAUCACCUCUUCCUCCUCUCUUCCCCAUCACCUCUUCCUCCUCUCUUCCCGAUCACCUCUUCCACCUGUCUCCUCUCUUCCCCAUCACCUCUUCCACCUGUCUCCUCUCUUCCCCAUCACCUCUUCCUCCCGUCUCCUCUCUUCCCCAUCACCUCUUCCUCCCGUCUCCUCUCUUCCCCAUCACCUCUUCCACCUGUCUCCUCUCUUCCCAAUCACCUCUUCCACCUGUCUCCUCUCUUCCCCAUCACCUCUUCCACCUGUAUCCUCUCUUCCCCAUCACCUCUUCCACCUGUCUCCUCUCUUCCCCAUCACCUCUUCCACCUGUCUCCUCUCUUCCCAAUCACCUCUUCCACCUGUCUCCUCUCUUCCCCAUCACCUCUUCCUCCCGUCUCCUCUCUUCCCCAUCACCUCUUCCACCUGUCUCCUCUCUUCCCCAUCACCUCUUCCACCUCUCUUCCCCAUCACCUCUUCCUCCCGUCACCUCUCUUCCCCAUCACCUUUCCACCUGUCUCCUCUCUUCCCCAUCACCUCUUCCUCCCCUCUUCCCCAUCACCUCUUCCUCCUCUCUUCCCGAUCACCUCUUCCACCUGUCUCCUCUCUUCCCCAUCACCUCUUCCUCCUGUCUCCUCUCUUCCCCAUCACCUCUUCCACCUGUCUCCUCUCUUCCCCAUCACCUCUUCCACCUGUCUCCUCUCUUCCCCAUCACCUCUUCCUCCCGUCUCCUCUCUUCCCCAUCACCUCUUCCUCCCGUCUCCUCUCUUCCCCAUCACCUCUUCCACCUGUCUCCUCUCUUCCCCAUCACCUCUUCCACCUGUCUCCUCUCUUCCCCAUCACCUCUUCCACCUGUCUCCUCUCCUCCCCAUCACCUCUUCCACCUGUCUCCUCUCUUCCCCAUCACCUCUUCCACCUGUCUCCUCUCUUCCCCAUCACCUCUUCCUCCUCUCUUCCCCAUCACCUCUUCCUCCUCUCUUCCCAUCACCUCUUCCACCUGUCUCCUCUCUUCCCCAUCGCCUCUUCCACCUGUCUCCUCUCUUCCCCAUCACCUCUUCCUCCCGUCUCCUCUCUUCCCCAUCACCUCUUCCACCUGUCUCCUCUCUUCCCCAUCACCUCUUCCACCUGUCUCCUCUCUUCCCCAUCACCUCUUCCACCUGUCUCCUCUCUUCACCAUCACCUCUUCCACCUGUCUCCUUCCUUUUCAUCUUUUCCUUUCCUCUUCCUCUACAUCUCCGUCUUCCCAUCUCUUUCCUCAUGA